AUGGUUGUUUCCAUGUAUUCCAAGGACGAGAAGGUCCUUUGCUUCCAUCAUGACAUCCUCUACGAUGCCAAAAUCCUGGAUGUCCGCCACAAGGACCCCAACGACAAGAAAAGUGCCUUUGAGUACCAAGUCCACUAUAAAGGAUGGAAGAACACAUGGGAUGACUGGGUCCUAGAAGACCGUCUGCGCAAGCACACAGAAGACAACCGUGAGCUAGCCAACAACCUACGCCGCGAAGCCGAAGCAUCAAUCCGCCAAAAGUCCACCAAGGCAAGCGCAAAGAAGCGCGCCGCUUCCGACCGUAGCUCUGUGCGCGACAGCGAAGAACGUGGCAACUCGGUGCCGGGCCGUGGCACGAAGCGAGCUCGCGACAAUGACAUCGAAAAGGAAGAAAGCUUCCACAUGCGCCCCUCAGUCCGCAUCGUGAUGCCAGACAAUCUCAAGUCCCUCCUAGUCGAUGACUGGGAACAAGUAACCAAAAACCAAUGCGUGGUCUCGCUUCCAUCCCAGAGCCCCGUCCGCCAGAUCCUAAAGGACUGGUACGAGGAAGAGCAGCCGAAGCGAACCAGCUCAGCAGCCGACCAGGACGUGCUUGAGGAAGUGAUUGCAGGACUCCAUGAGUAUUUCGACAAGUGUCUUGAUAAGAUCCUCUUGUACCGCCACGAGCGCGCGCAGUACCGCGGUCUGCGGAAGAAGUUCGAGGCUGUCACCGGGGAGUUGGCUAAUAAGGGACCUAUUGAUGUCUACGGUGCCGAGCACUUGAUCCGUCUUUUCAGCACCAUGCCUGAGCUCAUUGCUCAGACAAACAUGGAUAUGCAGGCAACUAACCGUCUGCGUGAAGAGAUUUCUAAGCUUGCCAUGUGGUUGAGCAAGCAUUCUGAGAAGUACUUCACCACACAAUAUUUGCCGGCGGAGGAGACUCACUGA